AUGAAAGGGAUAAAAUUUGGUGUUUCUCCCGCAAAGCACCGCAGGAAGGAAAUGGUGUUCGACCCGAACCCGCUAUCCCUCAGCGUGCCCGAACCCGCUUUCGAGUCGUGGCUCCGCGACUCCGGCUACCUCGAAGUCCUCGACCAGCGCACCACCGACCUCCACCGCCUCUCCGCUGCCGGACCCUCCUCCUCCUCCGCCGCGAUUAGUUCCGACGGGGUAUCCCUCAUCUCGCGGCUCAUCUCCCGCAUCUGGACCGUCCUAUCGCUCCUCACCUUCAGCCCCUUCUCGAAGCUCUCCACCAGCGAUUUCACCGGCGCCACGCCGAGCUGGACCUUGGCGUUUUUGGGCUCGUCCGAGUCGUACUCGUUCCCGGCCGAGCCGUCACAGGCUCGACUCCGAGUCCAAGAGAACGUCAAGCGGUUUGCCCGCAACUACGCAUCACUCUUCGCCCUCUUCUUCGCCUGCUCUCUAUAUCAGUUGCCAUUAGCUCUUGCCGGUCUCAUCUUGUGCUUAGCCUUGUGGGAUGCGUUUAAAUUAAGCAGUGAUCGGUGGGGAUUUGAUCGGUAUCCCGUAAUAAGACAAACUUUGAUUGGCAUUGCUCAAUGUGCCACUGUAGUGAUUCUAUUCAUUUCCAAGGUCCAAUUAGCAGUCUUCUGCGCAAUUGUCGUAAGCUACGCAGUCAUGAUAUUACACGCCUCAUUUAGAAAGUUGACCCCAUCAAACCCACCUGCUCCAAGAGGUGAUCACCAGAAAACGGCCAGAAAAUAA